CCCCCGGCUGCGGUGUGCCGUAGUGAGGCGAGGGGUGGUUAAACCCCCAUCCUCCCAUACAUACGGCUUUUAUUUUUUGUUCCUUUUCGUCUCGGGGCUUUCACAUCACGGAACAGGAAAGCAUCUGAUGCGCCGGCUCACAUGCCACUUCUGAUCAUACAUUGCCUCCUUGCAGAGAGCAGCAUCGUUGGGAAAGAUGGAGAUACAAUAAGUUGCUAGUACCGAAAAGUGCUGCGGAAAUCCAGUGGUUUCCUUUCUCCAGUUUUGCAAAGAGCAGCGAUGAAGAAGAAGCUGGCACUCUCCGAGAUGCAGUUGGUUCUUCUCGUUUUAUUGGUGUGGCUACCAACGAGAUCGGUGCUGGCUGACUCCCUGGAAGACGAAGCUAAGAAUAACAUCACCAUCUUUACAAGAAUUCUAGACAGACUUCUGGAUGGUUAUGAUAAUCGUCUCAGACCUGGAUUAGGAGAUAGUAUUACUGAAGUCUUCACUAACAUCUAUGUGACCAGUUUUGGACCUGUGUCAGAUACUGAUAUGGAGUACACGAUAGAUGUGUUCUUCCGUCAGCGAUGGAAGGAUGAGAGAUUAAAGUUUAAAGGCCCAAUGAACAUUCUUCGACUGAAUAACCUAAUGGCCAGCAAAAUCUGGACUCCAGAUACAUUUUUCCACAAUGGGAAGAAGUCAGUGGCUCAUAACAUGACCAUGCCAAACAAGCUUCUACGAAUCCAGGACGACGGGACGCUCUUGUACACCAUGAGGCUUACAGUCCAAGCGGAAUGUCCAAUGCACUUGGAGGACUUCCCUAUGGAUGCUCACUCGUGCCCACUGAAAUUUGGCAGCUAUGCAUACACAACUUCAGAAGUGACAUACAUUUGGACUUACAAUGCUUCAGAUUCAGUGCAAGUGGCACCAGAUGGCUCAAGACUGAAUCAGUAUGAUCUUUUAGGCCAAACAAUUGGAAAAGAGACGGUUAAGUCAAGUACAGGUGAAUAUACAGUAAUGACGGCUCAUUUUCACUUGAAGAGAAAAAUUGGUUAUUUUGUCAUUCAGACUUACCUCCCCUGUAUCAUGACUGUCAUUCUGUCUCAAGUGUCAUUCUGGCUGAACAGAGAAUCUGUACCUGCCAGGACAGUCUUUGGAGUAACAACUGUGUUGACAAUGACAACACUGAGCAUCAGUGCUCGAAAUUCACUCCCCAAAGUAGCAUAUGCAACAGCUAUGGAUUGGUUUAUUGCUGUUUGCUAUGCAUUUGUAUUCUCUGCAUUAAUUGAAUUUGCAACUGUAAAUUAUUUCACAAAGCGAGGAUGGGCCUGGGAUGGAAAAAGUGUAGUGAAUGAUAAGAAAAAAGAAAAAGCAUCUGUCAUUAAGAAAAACAAUGCCUAUGCAGUGGCUGUUGCCAACUAUGCUCCAAAUAUUACCAAGGACUCAGUGCUACCAACCAUCUCCAAGAGUGCUACAACUGCAGAACCCAACAAGGCAAAACCAGAAGCGAAGCCACAAGAAGCAAAGAAGACAUUCAACAGUGUUAGCAAAAUUGACAGAAUGUCUAGAAUAGUGUUUCCAGUCUUAUUUGGUACUUUUAAUUUAGUGUAUUGGGCUACGUAUUUAAACAGGGAGCCUGUCUUACUUGGCUUUGCACCAUCAACCUAAAAGCUGACUUGCACUGAGGACUUCAAGCAUCAUUCUAAUCAGAUAGGUUGUUCGCUAUGUACAGUCCGACUAAUAACUGCUAAUCUGUGAACCAUUCUGUACAGUGUGUAUAUAAAUGUCUUGUCUGUGUGUCUCCAAAGGAGGGACACAGCGUUAAUUCAUGGGUCUGUAAACAGAUAGCACCCAUGGCAAAUACAGCCAGCUCUUUAAAAGUUAAACCCAGGGGACUUCUGUUAAACUAGGAUUCAAAUAUACAGAAUUAUAUUCUCUCCGUACAAUGAGAUGAAGAUGUGAUCCUACAUAAUUAUUUAGGAGCAGUAUUUUUUUAAUUUAAAUUUAAAAUAUUUUUCUAUAAAGUAACUAAUUCUACUUUAGUGAAAGAAACUGUCAUUUAAAAAAAGUGAUUUUUUUAAAAAGGUGUAAUUGUUUCAUACAAUAGCAGUACCCAUGUACAUAACAGAGUACGGAGGUCGUACAGUUCUGCUCUUCAAAACAUUCUGGAUACAAGUUAGAUUAAGGAGGUAGUAAACACUCUACUGUAUGGCAAAAUCCACAAGUUUCUUACUUUUGUCCUCUUUGAAGUUGUUAAUAAAUUCAUCUAAUUGAUUUCAGGGAAAAGGGUAAAUCAAAUUCAGUAUCAACCAACUUCUGCUAGUGAGAUACUUAUUUUUUCAGUGUUUAUUUAUUUGAUAUUACUAAGCUGGAUUGUCUGGUUCAGCAAAGCUGGAUUUUUUUUAAUUAUUAUUUUUUAUUUUGUUCCUAAUUGAAUUAUUUUCAGGUUUCUAGAAUCACGCAGAAAUUUUUCAGGUUUAAGUUUAUCAGUAAUAUAGUAUAAUUUUUUUCUUUGCUUAAUGUUUUCCUAAAUCCUGCCAUUACAAUAUUUACCUGUAUUUGUCCCAGGAAGCACUGUUUUCAAGGGAAACAAGAACCAUGAUUUAAGUUCAGGAAUAUGUCCAUAUAAUAAAAUUUACUGCUGCUUUUGUAAAUUGCAACUUUACAUUUCGCUGACAUAACUUUACAACAACUUUGUAUACUAGAAAUGAUUUUGCUAAGAUUUGAAUGUUAUUUUUUUAAUAAAAGGUCAUGCAUCAUCAGUAGGCAUCAACUGUAUUUCAUAUACACAAAUAUAACAAAAUUGGAUCUGCCAUUGGCAAUUUUAUAAGAACAUUUAAUACUAUCAGUAAAAUUGUUUUUCUUCUGAGCCUUUGCAAAGAUUCUUUAUGCCCCUAAAGGCCUGGUAAAUCAUAGCAUAAAUAAUAACUGUGUACUGUAUUUAGAUUUUAGUAUACUUGGCCAAUCAAAAAUAUUUUGAUUCACACAUACAUUAGCAGUUAUUAGUUGACCUUUAAAAAAGAAACACCUUUAUGAUGAUGUCUUCUAGUAGAGACAUAUGUAGUCGUAUAGUGUCAUUUAUUGCAGUUUUGUACAGUAACUUGAGUAUAGUGCAUAAAAUAGAUAUGUUCAGAGUUUAAAAAAAGUUGUACAAAUAUUUCUAAAAUCAAAUAAAAGAGUAUCUUAAGACAUGGAAGUGUGCUAAAAACAACAAAGAGAAACACUGCUUUCUUUUGCUGUUUUAUUUUCUUGCUUUUUCUUUGCUUUUGAUGUGAUUCUGUUUUGUACUUUGUGUGACAGUAUAGAUGCCAAGGUCACAAAUGCAUAUUAUAAAUAGAAUUAAUAGUUAAGACAGAGUUGACAUCAGUAAAAUAAAGACAUUUAGUAGGUUAUAAAAGAAGGGGAGAAGCAUGGACAUGGUGUGUAUCCCUUGAAUUCCCUCUAAUUAAACUGUCAGACUAAACCUUUCUCAUCAACAGUAGCUUAAAAACGAGCACUUUACUCAGAACAUUAAAAGAAAAAUAUCCUUAUUUUCAUAUAUAUUUAUAUGUAAAUGUAGAUCUUCCAUGUAACAUGGAGAUGUGUGCAAUAGUGUGAUUAUGAACAAAAGGCUAGAAGGCAAGCAAUAAAAAAAGGGUUUUUUCAUGGUAUAAGCAUACAUUUUUAAAAUGUUUCAUUUGUAAAUUAAAAAUUUUCCCUUGAACAUCCCGUUGUCCAAGUAUGAAUAAAUAUAUAAAUAUGUACAUAUGUACAAAUAAUUGUAAAUAUUAGGACUGUAGAAAAAUCCCUUCACUUUUAGCUCUGUUUUUGGCAAAGGGCUCUGACUGUAUAGUUUAAUGGAGGCCCCUCCUAAAAUGCUCUUGAACUUGAAUAGCUCGAUUAUGUUUUCUGUGGCUGCGGUCUCCUUCCUGUGACCUAGUGAGAGUUCUUACCUUCUGUUCUUCUCAGCAAGAUCUAGGGACUCUGCAAACCUCUCAAGACUGGGGUGUGAGAAACAGAGGGUUGUGUUUCACCCUUGGCUACAUCCCAGGUACUCAGACCCUUCACAGUGUUGAAACUGUUGAGUAUUUCUCCAUGCACGACACUGUAUAGUCAGAAGUCUCUCCAUGCCAAAUGUGAGUGUGCUCAGUCAUGUUGAAUUACCUGAUAAGGAAGGCUCUUGCACCCUUAUCCAAGAAUGGGACCUUCUCAAAGGCUUUUAAUGGUAAAGUCUUCUCCAGCAAGACUUCUCUGGAAAAUACCACCUGGGUAACUCAGGGUGGAGUUUGCUGCAUGCAAAAAGCCCAUCUUCAGUUUGCACAGGAAGCCCAAUGCUGUCUCAUGCUAGUCAGCCCUGCUGCUACCACUUUCAUUAGGUACUACUAAUUUUUCAUCCACUGACCCUUUUCUCUACAGUUGCUUGAGUCAGUAGAAAAACCAGGUGUUUAUCACAUGGUAAAGUUACAUUUAUUGCCCACUUAUAUAGCAAAGUAGGCAUACAAUUAAACUCAGUUAAAAAAAAAUCCAAAACAUUUAAAAUACAUACAUGCAGCUAUUGUGGGCAUCACAAGUCUUUUAAAUGGGCACGCUCCAGAAAAUUUAGUAAAUUGGUCAACAUUAAAGCAAUCUCCUUCUAUGGGAUGGAGUAUGCUUUACUGUUUCACUGCUGAAACAUUUACAGUGGCCCAACUGAGUACACAUAAGUUGCAAAUUUGUAAGACUGCCAACUGGAUAAGUGAAUAUAAAUGUAAAGAUUUAAGUGAAUGGGAGCAUUGUGCGAGGAAUACCAGAAUACAACAGUUAGGCCUUACUUUCCUUUAGAAGGAAUCUGUGUCAUUUCAUUUACCAUAGAAUCUGUGUCUGGGAUUUUAAAGCUAAUGUCACAAAUCUAUGUGCCAAAUAUGUAGAGGUUUCCUAUAAUUUGAGUAAAUCUUGCAGGUCUUAAAUACUUAAAGUGGGGAGCAUGAGUGAGAAAAUGCAAGUCACUUCUCAAGGACUUGCACAUGGAAUCUGACAGUGAAUUUUUUGGUUGGCAUAUUAAUCUAACCUACUUCUAUUAUUCUUGGGUCAGUGUAUCAUAUUUUGUGAUUUAAUAAAUUAAUAAAAUAAAUAAACAAAGAUAAAACACUGGUAAAGUUAGAUUGGAGUUACAGUAAUUCUAAAUGAGGUUUAGGAAGUAGGCUUCCACUAUAGUACUGGGGCACAUAUUUCUGGAUGCAUGUGUCAGGUAAUUUAACAGUAACUUAUAAAUCAGCAUGAGAAGCAGAGAUCAGCACAGUAUAUCAGCCAGUUGUCUGCUGGAGACUUCAUGACAGAAGAGUAGAAAAUUCUCAAUUACGCUGUGGCCAAUUAAAUUACCUCCACCUGUCGUAUGUGAGCUAAUUCAACUUGUAGCUGCUGCAUUGUUGAGCAUCUUUAAAAAAAUGUUAUGGUAGGCAUUCUGAGAUAUGAGCUUUAGUUUGGCAGACCACUCAUACCACUGAACAUUAUUCUAAAUUAAGGAGCCAAUUUGCCCAUAUAGUCACAGGAAAGAGCAUCUAGAGACCGAACAGGAGCCUUACUGAAUCACCUUCCCUUCCCUUCCCUUCCCUUCCCUUCCCUUCCCUUCCCUUCCCUUCCCUUCCCUUCCCUUCCCUUCCCUUCCCUUCCCUUCCCUUCCCUUCCCUUCCCUUCCCUUCCCUUCCCUUCCCUUCCCUUCCCUUCCCUUCCCUUCCCUUCCCUUCCCUUCCCUUCCCUUCCCAGUGGUUACAGGUAACAUACAGGGUGAUGAGACUUUUCAAAAGAGACCAAAAAAAUGUCUGCAUGAAAUCAACCAGAAGCAGCAGGGAGGAGGUAGGGAUGUAUGGGGGAGGAAAGGAGGAAAGAGAGCACACAAAUGGCUUUGUUACCAUGGCACUGGAAUGUGAGAUAACUGAGGAGGAAGUCGCUGAGGGAGGUAAUGUGUAUUUUUGUUUCAGCUUCGGUUCUGAGCCUUCACUGCCACAAGUGAGUUGUGGACAGUAACUUCUAGAGCACAUAAAAUGAAAAUACUUGUAUAAUUCUACUGAACUUGAGGGACACGAGUUGUGCCUUGGAAAUCGAGAGGCCUCUAGUGACUGCUUUGUGAAAGCAGACCAUGCAAUACUGUGUGUCUCCUGCUCAUUGGAACAUCUUGGGUGCGAGGAGAAAAGAAGCUUCAGAAAGUAGGUAGAAUUUUGUUAAUUCUACACUUUGUUUUCUUAAAAAGCAUGGCUUUCACUUAAGCACAGAGAGUCAGCACUAAUCCUCCAUACCUCUCAUUCCUUUUCUGAAAGCUUAGUAAUGCACAGGUUUGCCUUGGCCUUCACAAACCAGAUGAAGUCUAUGCUGCUGAACAUUACCACUCCUAACAAAUUUGCAUGAAAGAUUAUUUCAGUGUGGAAAUAAAGCUAUCAUCAUCUGUGCCCGAUUAUGUGCAGACACAUAAUGCUAAAAUUUUGAAACCCAUGCAAUGAGUUUUAAAGUAGAGGAAGAAAACAUUUUAAAAUAAACCCAGUAAGUUAAAUUACUUCAUUUAAAAAACACAUUUUGGCAAUUGUAGAAAUAUCUAAACAUACCUAAAUAGACUCUCCGAAUGUGGUAUAAUUUCAUAUCACAUAUAAAGUUUUUGUCUUACACAAAUGCUAAAAUAAUUAUCUGAAUUUGUGUAAAAGUCAGAUCGCCCUUCAGCCUUGAGUAAAAUGAAUGGUUCUUUAUAAAACAGUGUUAGGAUUCCUUCCAUCUCAUCCCAGCACCAGUGAACCUCCUGCUAGAAUGUUCUUAGUGCACCAUAUAAAUUCUGGUUACAUCCCUUUAAUAUCUCUUUUUUUUUUUACUUCAGUCAAAGAAACCUCCACCUCAUUUGUGUAGAUGACCCAAAUUCCCUAAAACAAUAGAACUUUAAAUUAUUUUCUAAAUCAAAUUAUUAAUUACAGUCAUCUGAGAAUCAGUGAGGGACUUUAGGUCUUUAGUAGUAGAAGUAAAAGGAUCAAAACUUUGUUACAAUGCCUGGCAUAUGUUAAUUGCAUAAAAUGUUUUCUUUCUCUCUUCUUGAAACCACUUAAUUUUUUAGAUUCAAAUCUUUCUAGGUUAAUCUCUUAACUCAUGUUUUUGGGGUCUAUGAUUAUAUCUUACUGGAAGAGGAUAAAUUUUGAGGGCUUGACAUCUCUGAUGGAGAUCAGGGCAAAAUUUGCACUGAAAUUAAAAUAAAACUAAUCUACAUCCUCAUCAUAUUAAUCUCUAUCAGUGAAGUCAGUAAGGACUUUUCCAGAAGAGGAGUACACCUAACUAUACCUGGGCUCUCCUUUGGAUAUGGGUUGUCCAUUCUCUAAUCCAUGAAAAUAGCCCUUAAAGCCCUUAAAAGUGUCAACCAUACUGGAAUACAGAGCUUUGUCUGUUUUUUUCCUUGAUAUUUAUUAAUAACCUUUAAGAAUAUUAUGAAAGUGCUGUAAGUUAGGAUGAGGUGAUAACACUAACAAAAAGGAAUUUUGAGGAUACUUUAAAAUAUGCAAGAUAAUGUAUACUCUUCCUCUAGUGUUGGAGUCUACAUAAAUAUAUAUGAUUAUAUUUUUAUUGUUGGAUAAUUUAAAAGUUCUAUUUUGCUUUCAAAUUAUUUACAUAAUGUGAAUACUUUACUUGAUAAGGUGUUCUGGAGUGUGUCCUUAUGCAUUCAAGGUUUUUGAUGAUUGCAAUGAGUGCUUUCAUUCAUCUGAUAUUAAAAGGGGUGAGCUUCAACAGGUUGAAGUGUUAUAUUUGCUUUCCUAUACUUUAUCCAUCAAACCACGCCGUUGAGGAUGGAUGGAAAUAGCGAAUGGAACAAGAUAUUAUUUUGAUCAACUGCUUUGAUAUUCUUUAUUAGAUGUUCAUUUUGGCUGAAUUUAUCAGUUUAUAGGCUACUGUAGCUUAGCGAUAGCACGGAAUGCAAUGUAGUACUUUACAUCUGUUAGAAUACAUAUGCACUGUAUCUAUAAACUGUUAAAAUAUCAGUUCCUAAACUGCACUCCUUCACCCUCUCCCUUCCAAAUAGUCACUUUAUUAGAAAACAUUUGAAGGCACUUUAAUUUGAAUGAAAGUGAUUACACUAAAUGUUGUUUACUUGAUUAAAAAAAAUAGUAAAAACAAAGUGGUCUCUGAUUCAUACAUGGUUUGCAAUUUCUCAGCUGGGCUGAAGCCAGAAAACAUUUAUGCAUUGUAUGACACAUCUACUUUAGUGAGUCACUUAGGUGUGAAAAUGUAUAGGACUUGGAAAAUAGGCACUCCCAGUAUAUUAAAAAUAAAUAAGGGAAUGGGAAGAAUGAAACCAAUAAUUUUGAAAUUAAACACCAAUCAAAUAUGCACAAUAAGAAACUGCAUGAUAAAUGUAAGUAUACUUAACCUUGAACAUCAAUGUCAUAUAAAAUCUUCUGGGUGACAGUUUACUUAUUUAGUAGGUUUCAUAGUUAUAAAUAAUUAAAGAAGAUUAUAAUAUUCUGUAAUUUGUGACCUUGUUUUAACUGGGAAAAUCGUUACUUUUCUAAAAUGUAAAAGAAAUAACUGGAUUUAUGUUUGAAUGUGUCACUGCUUGCUGUUGAAGAAUAUUUAUUAACCACAUGCAAAAUAUUGCUUAACAUUAUCUUUUUGUACUUCUUAUUAAAGUUAAUUUAAAUAUA